CCAAUCUGUUCUGAACAACCUCAUUACCAACCACCGUUGAAUUAAUCAGUAUGAUAGCUACUCACCAGGACGUUGACACCUCCCCAUCAGGCCCCCAAGCCAUUGACCAGCGACUUGAAAAACAAUCUUUGCACACAAUUAUUGUCGGAGAGCUGGAGCCAGUCGUGGCUAAAUUGGUGAAACAAGCCUUGUCCAACCCAGCCAUAUGGCCUGGUGAGCUGCCGACUACUCCUGUCUGUUCGUCCGGACCCUCCACGCCGCCGCUUGAUGCGGAUGAACUGCAGAAGCAGCUGGUCAAAAUCACCCGCGAUGGAUGGCCUUCGGUUGAACUUUCCAUGGCAAUGAAGCCUGAUCGAUCUAGUUCUGCAAGCAAUGAACAGGACGGCAUUCAGGUUGGAAUUGAUCUCGAACAUCCGAUCCAUACUACACCGGAUGACUUCAAAUUGUUUAGAGAGUGGGCAUCUAUAUGCUCAUUCAAAACAGUUGUGGAAACGUGGGAUAAAGAAACAUGCAAAUAUAAGAUCGCCGAACCGGUGGGGACCAGCAGUAGCCUGGACGACUAUGCUGAAUAUGCAUUCGUUGUCCGCGAACGUGUUGAACGCAACUCCGAGAUGGUGAUACCGUACAUAGAUAUCAAAUCGGGAGGCCUACGCGACAUCCUGCGCGUCGUGCUGCACGGCAUCAAAGCUAUUAGCUUGAUGGAGGACAAGCCAUCGAUCGAACAAAAUGUCCUGUUUCAUUUCCUCCCAGAGCUCGACAACUAUGCGGAGGAUAUGAACAACCCAGACUGUGCAUUCGCACGUCAGCACCUACGCUUGCUCAUUGACCACCUCAAGCGGGCCUAUUCGGAUAUCGCGCAGCGUCUCGAGUCAAUGUUGCAGCACGGUCACAUAACUUAUGACCUGCUCUGGGCGCUUUUCAAACCGGGUUCCCAUGUUUUCACAACAUGCUUUGGCACUAAAGAGCCCCGAUGUGUCGUAUUUGAUGCGGGGGAAGAGGUGACACAGAAUGACGAGACAUGGUUCAAUCUCGAAUGCCGAUUCUUUGAUUAUGAUGGAAUCAAGUUCGGCGAGGCCGGUAUCUUUCUCCGCGUAGCAAAGUUCCGAGGGUCAAAGCCGAUCGAGAGCCUGGAGGCCUUCCCUCUCCGCCACCAUCCAAAUCACGAGCAAGUCCGGAAAGACUUGGUCGGAAGAGGCCGAAAGUUUCGGGAUUUGGCUGGCUCCCACAUUCGGCACUGCAAAGGCAGCGCAUUCUUUAUGAACAAGGGGAAGAUUAUCAAACUCAACAUCAACAGUCGAGUGGCAGUGGACGCAGCAUUUUUUCAUGAGAUGCAGCCAAACUACUCCCGGCCGUCACUCCGCGACGGAGGGGUAAAAGACAAGAAUGGGAUAACGGUCGUCGACAUAGGUGCAAUGCUUAAGGAGGGCCGCGAGCGAGAGAAGGAGAGAAUGCGAGGAGAUGGGGUGGAUGCACAACAGCUGAGCGAGACCGAUCUCUUGGUCGCCUGCCCAACAGCAUGCUGUUUCAGCUUCAGGGAAAAGAUGUUCUUGGAGUGCGCAGUUGGUGCGCUUGGGGAAGUGGAUUGGUCACCACAAUCCUUCGACUGCCUGCAGAUCCCUUCCGAUGACAGGACUUUGCUCUUGUCAUUGGCGAAAACCCGUCUGGGUCUGAUACCGACGGUACCGUUCGACGACGUUAUUGAUGGAAAAGGCCAGGGACUCAACAUCCUUCUGAAUGGUCCACCGGGCGUUGGCAAGACAUUCACAGUUGAGGCAACCUCGGAAUAUUUCAAGCUUCCUCUCUAUUCGAUAUCUACAGGCGAACUUGUUGUCGACCACGGCGAUUCAAAUGCGCUUGAGCAACAACUUGAAGCGGUAUUCAAGAUCGCCAAACAUUUUAAUGCCAUGCUUCUUUUGGAUGAGGCAGAUGCGUUCAUGGAACAGCGCACAUCUUACCACGAUACUCACAAUCGCCUUGUGACUGUUUUCCUCCGAAAGCUCGAAUAUUAUCAAGGAAUCCUUUUCUUGACUUCGAAUCGGGGUAUUCAGUUUGAUGAUGCAAUUCUCAGCCGGAUCCAUUUGGCCAUCGAGUAUGAAGAUUUAACGAGGGAGUUUCGCAGAGAUCUUUGGUCAACCUUUCUGUCCAAGGCGCGUACGAUGCAAGGACCUGCCGUUGUGGAGGAGCGCGACCUUCGACGAUUGGAAUCUUUGGCUCUGAACGGACGCGAGAUCAAAAACAUCGCAGCAAUCGCACAUGCACUUGCCGAGGCAGAUGCCAACCAAGUGAGCUAUAGAUACUUGGAGCUGGCCGCGAAAUCGAAUAAAAGAUUUUCGAAGGAGUUCGGUGGACGGGGGACGGUUGACGGGAUGUAUCUCUAGCAGCAUACCCGGGAAAGUCGUGUUAAUGAUUCUGUUGCUCAAGCCUCCCGUGCAGUCAGGCGCUUAUUGCAACAUGUAGGUUUUCUGUCGCAACAUAUCUAUUUCGUACUCAGUUUUGAAUAGAGGCUCCAGUGGCCUUCGACACUCCAGCGCCCGUAGACAUCAGCGCUUUUAGGAGCUCCAGUGCUAAAAUGCUCCAGAUCAUCUUCC